UGACGGGCCUUGUAUUACUUUGUAGUACAUGUAAGACAUGAGCAUUGAUAGCGAUCGUCACUUGGCUUGACUUGUUUGCUAGCUUUUUAUUAUAUUUUCUAAUUAGUUAGUUUCUUGAGUUGUUAGCUUUUCACUUAUUCUUUGCUUUAAUUUAUUUUAUUUUCUUGUUUAAUUGUUGUCUUACCUUAUCUCAUUACAUCCCCCAUUCAUUGUGAAGCGUGAAAUUGGAUUCAAGUUGCUUAUUUUGUGAAUUCUUGAGUAUUCCUUACAUGGUCAUAUUUUUGCGAGGUGCAUGAGUGAAACUCCAAAGAGACAAAGAGGUCGUCCAAGAAAGCGAGCACCUCCUAGACCAAGAGUACAUCCAAGAAGCCUUUCACCGAGUCCAUUAAGAUCACAACCUACAAACACCAUGGGGGAGCGAAAGACAAUGAGGGAAUACACUAGUCCCACAAUUGUUGAUCAUCCUUCUUGUAUUGUGCUCCCUCCAUGCGAGCAUCAUUUUGAGAUCAAGCCAAGUACUUUGAGCAUUCUACCCAUAUUCCAUGGCGUGCCCUCAAAUAAUCCCUAUGAUCAUAUUGCGGAGUUUGAAGAAGUGUGUACUACCGUUCAACUACAUGGUCUCAAUCCCGAUGGUUUGAAGCUUAGAUUGUUCCCUUUCACACUCAAGGACUAUGCGAGGAAGUGGUUAAGUAAGUUGCCUCCUAGAUCCAUACGCACAUGGGUUGAGAUGCAAGAAACUUUCUUGGGAAAAUAUUUUCCUCCUUCAAGAACUUCCAAUGUUAGAGAUGAGCUUGUUGCAUUCCAACAACUCCCACAAGAAAGUUUUAAUGAGUGUUGGGAGCGAUUCAAGGACUUGGAGAUGUCAUGUCCUCACCAUGGGUUAGAGAAGUGGUUCCUUGUGGACAAGUUCUAUAGAGGAUUGAUGCCGGAUCAAAGACAAAGGGUUGACACUUUUAGUGGUGGAACUAUUGCAAGUAAACUCCCGGAUGCCGCUUGGGACACAUACGAGGAGCUUUCUCUCAAUUCCCUUCAAUGGGAUGAUCUUGAUACAAGGAGACGGCAAGUGCAUAACAAGGAGAGUAUACCUAACCGAGGUGGUAUUUAUGAGGUUCAAGGGACAUCAACCGGGCCUUCUAUGCAUGAAUUCAAAAGGUUAGAAGGCAAGAUUGACCAAUUUCUAAAUCAAGUUAACCGGAACCCUCCUCCAGCACAAGUCAAGAUGGCGACUUCUACACCAUGUUUGCUUUGUGAGAGCCUAGCACAUUCCACUCAAGAGUGCCAUUUAUCUUCUCAAUAUCCGGAAUUUAUGGAGGAGCAUGUUAACCAAGUGGGUAGUUUUGUGCCAAGGAACCCAAGAAAUGAUCCAUACUCCAACACUUAUAACCCCGGUUGGAGAAAUCACCCAAAUUUUUCUUGGAAAGAUCAAGGUGGAGUUUCUAAUAUGCACCAAGGAGGAAAGCAAGGCUUUGGAGGCAACCAAGGCCAAGGAUCAUCCAAUUUCAUGCCCCAUGGCAAUGCGCACCAAGGAAACACUCAUUUUAUGCCUAUUUCUUCACAAGGACAGCAAGCAUGUAUGCCUUAUUCUCAUGGUCAAGCCACUUUUUCACAAGGAUUUCAAGCUCCAAAUGUCUUUCCUGGGUUUACACAAGGUGUUGGCUAUAGCGGUAGCAAGUUUCAAGGAAAUUCUAGCUCAUUUCAAGGUCCAAAUCAAGGCGAGAGCUACAAUUCCCCACCUAUUCUUCAAGGCAUGCCAAUUCAAGCUCCAAGUGAACCAAAGAAGCCUAAUUUUGAAGAAUUGAUGGGUGAGUUCCUCAAGGUUCAAACUUCUACCAAUGUGGAGACCAAGCAAAACAUCUCUUCACUAGCUCAAGGGUAUCAAAGUCUACAACAAAGCAUGACUAAAUUAGAGAUACAAAUGGGCCAAAUAGCCACCAAUUUGAGUGAGAGACCAAUGGGAGCUCUUCCUUCCACAACUGAGAAGAACCCGAAGCAUGUAGCCAAGGCUAUUACUACUCUUAGAAGCGGGAGGACAUACGACAAUAAGUAAAUAAGCGGACUUGUGAAUUUCGGAUGAAAUGGUGCGAAAAUGAAGCUAAUUAGGAUUACCGACGAAAAGACGAAGUUGUCGACACGAUCAACCAUGGUCAAUGCAAGUUUGAGAGCGAAACCCGACUAGCCACUUGACAAUAUAUAUGGAAAUAUUCGAGAUUGUGGAUGAAGAGGAGUAGAAGAAAAUUGCAGAAAAGAAAUAAAAGGUUGUAUUAAUUAAUCAUUUGCUUGAUUAAUUAAUAAGCACGUUGCCUCCAACCAUUAGCAUGCAGCACCUUACUUAAUUAGACCUUAGUUUAAUUAAACCUUACACUUGAUUAAGCUUUGGUUUCAAUUAAGCUUGUCUGCUGCCAUCACGUGCCCAUUUCUUCCUUCCUUCUUGGCCACUCCCAUGAUGCCACGUGGCUGUCCUAUCUCCCUCCUCACUCUCAGUGAUUUGCAGCCACAAACCUUAAUUAAUCCCACCAUAUAUUCUCUCUUCCUCACACUGACCACGACCUAAUUAUCCAUAUAUAUACAUUCACCGAACAGUAGCCGCAGCCCUCUUCCUCUCUCUCUCCUUCUCCAUCACACCACUCCACCAUUCCUUCGAUUACCCAUUAUUCUCUCUACCAUUACUCACUCUCCUCUCAACUAUUCUUCAUCAUCACUCACCCAAAGUUCAUCAAUUCUUCAUAAUUCCAGAUUUAUAGGUACAAGAGAGAGUGUAAUUCCAAGAUAGUCAUGCUCACUCUCUAGUGUUGUUGUGAUUAGUGUUGGUCUCUCUCUUUUCUUUACUCUCUUCUUGCUUUAAUUUCUUGUAAUUGAUGAAUUUCUUUGUGGGUAUGUUGAUGGAUUGUGAGUAGUUUCUUAUUUGGGUCUAGGGCUUGAUGCCCUAGCAAUUUUUACCAUGUAAUGACAUUAAUUUUUGGUGCUUAAUGAAAGUGUGUUGUGGUUUUUGUU